UCGAUAUCGAAGCGCACAGCUGUUUGCAUUUCUGUGUUCUGCGACAUUUCAAAAUCUCUUGAAUCGUAAUUCUUCCUGAUUUUUAAUGCCUGGGGAGGCAAUAAAUACGCCUCAAUCCGGCAGGAGACCCCGACUUGGAUUGAGUAGGCGUGGUUGCCAAUCCACGCCCUUAAUAAGACUUCAGAGAGAGGAUUCCGCUGCAAAUACACCAAAAUGUGGAGAACAGGAGACGCCGCGGGCUCUUCCCUUGUCUCUGGGCUCUCGCAGGAUAGGAUUGUCCAAGAACAGGACUGGAUUGUCCAAGAAGAAGCUGGAGUUCGCUGCGGCCCAAGGAAUUAAGGACGAGGAACAGGAAGCAGUGAAGAAACCAGCAAAAAAUGACGAAAAGGAAAGAAGGUGUGAUGCUAAUGAGCCAGAGGAGGAUCAGGAGCAGGACACCCAGAAGAAGCAGCUUGCAGACAGUCCAAAGAGCAGUAAGAUCAUUGAGCUGCAGGGCGAUAUACAGAUCUGGCACCAGGCAUUCAAAGCUUCGGUGGACGACCUACUGACGAUGGUGGAGCCAGGACUCUCAAAAGACGAUCUGCUUACUCGGCUGGGCAUUCCGCACGAGAUGCUGCGCUAUCUGGAGGAGGAGUGUGCUUAGUUAAACAUAGUUUUAAGAUUUAACAUUAAGAAACUGUAUAUUCCCAUUGCAACAAAGAGGAAACGAAAAGUUA